AGUACCACCAGAGAGAGGGAGCAAUUGGGGACCAUAUAGAGGAUAGAGCUGGCGAAAACUAAAGGAAAAUCAUUGAAGGCAGACAAGGCUACCGUGUCUUUAAACAGACCAGUCGUUGUGUGGAGCAACCUGUCUGGACUCGAGAGUCUACCGGGGCAACGCUGCGCUCGCGGAGUUUUCGUUAGUAGUCGGGCAGUUGACCAGCAGCCAGCUGGUCUGGCGGCUAAACCCUUGUCUCAUUAUGUGAGCAUGUGCAUGCAAGAUUGUAUGCGAGUAAACGUUGCGUUCAUGAUUCGCGAGCUAUUAUAUAUUAUAACAAAAGAUUUAGUUUAUGGGAGAAUAAACUGUCGAUAGUUGAGUUGUUCGGGUGCAAAAAAUAACUGUUGAACGACAGCGGUUGUAUGCUGGACGAAAACGGCGCAUGGAGAAUGAUGCAGGUGCUAUAAACAAAACGGAAAGACAAAUCGAGUGCUCCCCAAGUGUAAAGGUGGCAAUUGAUUCGAAUGUAAAUUUGUGACUUGCGAGGCAAUCGUGUCGAAAAAGCGUUUGUUGAAAACUAUUAGAUCACCCGUAAGAUGUCGCGGCGUAAACAGGCGCUUACAUCAGUCAAGGAUUUAUCACCAUUGCCGGAAAUUGUUCCAGUUUCGGCCAAGCGAAUUCGUCGGGGGGCUGCCGAUCGGAGCAGAGAAAAGGUAAAAAGCUAUGUUCGUCUGCUUCAACGCAACAUUUCGGAGGCUGACAAACAGAAGAUUAAUUUGCCGGCUAAAGGAAUUGCUAUUGGGGGGCGUGGCAAAGAAACGGGGCCCGUAAGAAAGCCCGGCGGAGGCCAACAUCAGAGAUCAACCAGCCCCGCUCAGGUAGUGACGAUCACAAUUCGAGAUGACGAUGGUAAACCAGCUAGUGCUACCCAGACUCUCAGUACUCCUUUGCCACAACCGCAAAUGGCUCGCGCGAGACGUUCCGUGCGUCAGUACGUCGUGGUGGACUAUUCGAAACUCCACUUCGGUUCGACGGAAGGACCCGAAGAAGAGGAAGGCCCCACACAAGAAAGAGAGGGCUGGCAAACGGCGCCAAAGUUCGUACCAUCAACAGGUAGCGGCCCACGAAGAGGGCGUCCUCUUAAAGUGAGCCCACAGACUAUAAAAGCAGGUGGAUCGAAUUCUAAGCUUGGCACUAACGGGAUCGGCACCUUCAUAUGUCGCCGCUGUGAUUUAGGACACGAGACUGUAGAGGAGUUUCUCAACCAUUUCGAAGCUGCACAUUGUCCAGAUCUGACGGAUGAGGAGUUUCGACAAAGGCUGUACAGUAAUUCACAUUUCUGCGGCCGGUGCGAUUUCCGCACAACAGAAAAGGCGGAGUUAGAGAGCCACGAGCAACAACAUAAUCUGCAACCUAAUCCGUUAGUGUCCAAAUGGCGCGGUCGUUACCAUUGUCCCAACUGCGAUUUCAGCGCCACUAAUGCAGUCACUCUUACCCAUCAUAGUAAAACACAUAAAAGGUCAACAGUUUUGAACGGAACAACGAAGGCGACUGAAAGCGUGGUUUUUACCUGUGCCGAUUGUACAGCGCGCUUUUCCGAUCGUGAGGACGUCCUUCGACAUCAACAGCUGGUGCACGGCCGUGGUUCUCUGAUAGAUUUGUGAAAGUAUCCACCAGCUGCUGCUGCUGGUGGAAACAACAAGCAUUGCAACUUACGGCGAGAAACCUAUUUUGGUUAUAACUGUGCUAAACGGACGAGAAUUAGCACAUUGUUAGUGUGUCAUAACGGGUCCUAUGAAGAUUUCACCUGAUAAAGUAAUUAGCGGAGUGCUGCGUAGGGAACGAUGUAAGUUCGAGAAAGACUUGGUAAAACAGAAGAAUCUGUAACAUGAAUCAAGCGGAGAAAUUUUUUUUUUUACACACAAACUCGCUACCUACAAAAACUCUAAAUACUAUCCGGCAAUUGCUCAGAGGAUGCUACGCCACCACCGAUUGAAGACGCUGUUGUUCGAAGCAUUUGUCCGCUAUAGAACGCUGUUAUUAACGGACUAUACUAAUCACCGUAUAAUAAAGUGCUAAUUCCCUAAUAUCUUGGAUCGCCUAUUCCAUCGUCGGUGUUAGAGAUCAUUGAGUGGCGCAGCAAGUAACAACGAGCAAAUAGGCAACGAAGCGAAUAAUAUGGUCUUGGUUUUCAAUUAGGAAAAGAUGUUAUCGUCUUACUGUAAAGAUGGCAAAUGUAGUCAUUUGCAGCUUAACAUGUUCCAAGGGAAAACUGUCCCGAAGUUUGUUGCCUAUUUGAUUUUCCCAGCAUAACGAUAAGGAAACGUAUUCUACAUUCUGAUAUUUCCCAGGAGGAACGCUUUCCCAGGACGAACGCUGUCCCAGGAGUGCAGUGAGACUAUCGAUAGGUAUGAUAAAGCAUCGAAGACUAAAUGAACAUUAAAGUUUUUUUUGUAUACCAAUGUUUAACAAAUGCAGCUAUUAUUACUGCGUGAACAAGUCCUCGGAAUCACCUCCAGCCUAAAGGAGUUAAGGACCUAUGCCCAUUAGAUGAGUUUUGGGAUUUUUCCAACUCUCGUAUGAAAUCGCAUGGCAAGCACUUAAUUAAAGCUAAAAUUUGAGCCAGCAAUGGCCGUAUGUUCCUGGUACGUACUCGGAGAUACGUAGUGAUCGGCCAGACUACACCGCUAACACCUGAACGUGUCGGUCCCUAAAUAUACUGCUAUAGGUUUAUGUUCUCCAUUUUUCUAAUGGUGAACUUGCAUCUGAAAGGAGAGUUUGCACGUAUACUUCAGUAUCGGCGACGAUCACGCGUCAAAUACAUGAAUCUUCGAUAACGUUUUCUAACCCCAGCUAUGGUUUAACAGUAGAUUGGACAAGCCACAACAUGGUUUAAUUAUACGGCCGAUUAGUUUCGUCAGUAGUGGAGAGGG